AUGGUCCCCAAUGAAGCCCAGCAGUACAAAGGAAUUGUGCUGUUACUUCAGCAUUUCAGAUGGACCUGGGUUGGGCUUUUUGCUGUGGAUGAUGACAAAGGGAACAGGUUUUUACAGACAAUAGUACCAAUGCUUACCCAGAAUGGCAUCUGUUAUGACUUCAUAGUAAACAUUCCAAAAUGGAGUUAUAUGGAUGAGAUGCUAGACUGGUUUUUUCAGCACUUGGAUGCCUAUCUCAUUAUGUUUGAAAGAAAAGCCAAUGUAUUCUUUGUAUAUGGAGAACCUCCAUCCUUUCAAGUUCUAAGAAUGAUGUUGUUUCUAGCACCCUUGGUGGACUUGCCCCCUCUGGGCACUCAUUACUAUUCUCUCUUUAAUGUUUCUAUACAGGUGCUUCCCCUUUCUGUGUGCAAUGACUACUGCUAUCCUGGCUACAGCAGGAAAAAGAAGGAAGGAGAGAAAUUUUGCUGCUAUGAUUGUGCUCCCUGUCCAGAAGGAAUGAUUUCUCAGUAUAAAGAUAUGGAUGCCUGUGUGAAAUGUCCAAAAGAUGAGUAUCCCAACAGUGGCCAAACCCAAUGCAUUCCCAAGGUCCCAAGCUACCUCUCUUAUAAAGAAGAUUUAGGACUCAUCUUAGUUAUUUUGACCAUUAUCUUCUCUCUGAUCACAUUAUUCGUGCUUGGAACUUUUAUGAAGCACAAUAAUACUUCCAUAGUCAAAGCCAACAAUCAGACUCUCACCUACAUCCUUCUCAUCUCCCUCCUGCUUUGUUUCCUUUGCUCCUUUCUCUUCAUUGGAAAGCCUGGAAAGGUGACCUGCCUUCUCCGACAAAUCACUUUUAGCAUCAUCUUUUCUGUGGCCCUUUCCAGUGUUUUGGCAAAAACAAUUACCGUGCUUCUGGCAUUCAUGGCAACCAAACCAGGAUCAAGUAUGAGGAAAUGGAUAGGGAAAAGGCUGGCAAAUGCUAUUGUCCUUUUCUGCUCCUGUAUUCAGGCUUGCAUAGGUACUCUUUGGUUAAGUACAUCCCCUCCAUUCCCAGAUACGGAUAUGCACUCACUGCAUGGGGAAAUCAUACUUGAAUGUAAUGAGGGUUCAGUGGCCAUGUUUUAUGGUGUCUUAGUCUAUAUGGGUUUGCUGGCCAUUGUCAGCUUCAUCUUGGCUUUCCUGGCCAGGAAGUUACCUGAUAGUUUCAAUGAGGCCAAAUUUAUCACUUUCAGCUUGCUGGUGUUUUGUAGUGUUUGGUUGUCCUUUGUUCCCACCUAUCUGAGCACCAAAGGAAAAUAUAUGGUAGCUGUAGAGAUCUUUUCCAUCUUGUCCUCUGGUGCUGGAUUACUGGGUUGCAUCUUUUCCCCUAAAUGCUACAUUAUUAUAUUCAGACCUGAGCUGAACACCAGGGAACAACUAAUCAGCAGAAAAAAGUAA